AUGUCCGCUAGCGGUUGUGAGGUUCAAUUUGCUCAACAGGAGCUUCCCGCGGCGACUCCCCUUGGUUUGUCAGGGGGUGUCCCACCGGCUGCUAUUCGUUCGCAAGGUGUGCUGGUUCCCGAUAAAGAAAAGGUUGAAAGAGUAGUGAGGGAAGACGUUUCCCCGAUAGAAUUUGAUGCCAGGGUGACCAGCGCGAACGAGACGGCUUUCAAGUUUGAGUCGAUUAAAGAGGUGGUCGUUGCUAUUGUGGCAGCGGUAGUGGAAAUUUUCUAUCCUUCUGUGUCCUCGCUUCAGCCAUGA